AUGGCUGGUCCAGCUGAAUCUUGCAGGGCGAGACGCUGGCUUGCCCUGUUCCUUGCCCUGUUUAUUUUAACACUCAUCAGGUCAUCUCUUGUCGUCUUGACGCCCAAACUUGGACUUGGAGAGACACAUUCUGAGAUUGAACAAGACGAGUUCCUGCAUUCAGCUCUCGGUUCCUGCGUGAAUGGUACAACAUGCAAACCGUCCGAGUCCAAGCACGGCAUUUCCGCCAGUCGUAAGAAAGUUUGGCUCAAAUCGUAUCAUGACGCCAGCUCACAACCAGCCGGAAAUACGGCCAGACCAGAACGGCACGGAAACUUGGCAUCCUCUGUCAAAAAUUCACAUGCAGGUUACAAAGCGGCGGUCGGUGCGCCCGAUAGGCUGCAGGCUCCGAUCGUGUGUUGCCCGCUAUUCUUAGAAACCCCAUCCAUGGAUGACAAGAUCUCGAGUCUUUCGUUUCCCGUAAAUAUCGAGACUCUGCAAUUCUCUACCACAUUAUUCCUGUCUCCAGAAUGCCCUUCAACUCCUCUCCUCCUCCUCUUGACGUCAGCAUCACCUGUGGAAUACGAGAAAAGUCCUUCUCCUGCAGCUUCAACCUGCUCCCGGCCAACAAAGGAACCCCUCCCCGAUGAUGGAACAAUGCCUUAG